UAACGACGGUACAGUAUUGAACAGAAGACACGAUGCGGCUGAAGCGGUUUCUGCUCCGGUAUUAUCCGCCAGGAAUUAUUUUGGAGUAUGAAAAAGGAGGCGAACUGAAGACCAAGUCGAUCGAUUUACUUGACCUAUCACCCCAGACUGAUGUGGACCCUUUAGUAGAGGAAAUCCAGAAAAGUGAACCGCUUGUUACAGCUUCUCGCACCCAGCAAGUCAAACAGCUCAUUCUCCGGCUGCAGGAGAAAAUCUCACAGCAAGAUCACCACAAGUUCUAUCUGUUCAAGGUUCUUCGUGCCCACAUACUGCCUCUCACAAAUGUAGCAUUUAAUAAGUCUGGAUCCAGCUUCAUCACCGGAAGCUAUGAUCGUACUUGCAAAGUGUGGGACACAGCCUCAGGAGAGGAACUCCACACCUUGGAGGGACAUCGCAAUGUGGUCUACGCAAUUCAGUUUAAUAACCCGUACGGGGAUAAAAUUGCCACUGGAUCCUUUGAUAAAACCUGCAAGUUAUGGAGUGCAGAGACAGGAACGUGUUAUCAUACGUUCCGGGGUCAUACCGCAGAAAUAGUUUGUUUAGCCUUCAACCCACAAAGCACGCUGGUAGCAACUGGAAGCAUGGAUACUACAGCCAAACUGUGGAGCGUACAGAGCGGGGAGGAGGCUCUCAGUCUGAACGGUCAUUCAGCUGAAAUCAUUUCCUUGUCCUUUAACACAACGGGAGAACGCUUGAUCACCGGCUCGUUUGAUCACACGGUGGCUCUGUGGGACGUUCCAACUGGAAGGAAGGUCCAAACUCUAAUAGGACACAGAGGAGAGAUCAGCAGCGCACAGUUUAACUGGGACUGCUCAUUGAUUGCCACGGCCUCGAUGGACAAAUCCUGCAGGUUGUGGGAUCCUCUAAAUGGGAAAUGUGUAGCUACCCUGACUGGGCACGAAGAUGAAGUCCUGGAUGUAACCUUUGAUUCUACUGGCCAGCUUAUUGCGACGGCCUCGGCAGAUGGAACUGCAAGGGUUUACAGCGCGUCCAGCAGGAAAUGUCUGGCCAAAUUAGAGGGGCACGAAGGAGAGAUUUCUAAGAUUUGCUUCAAUGCUCAGGGUAACCGCAUAUUAACAGCCAGUUCAGAUAAGACGUCGCGGCUCUGGGACCCGAUCACGGGGCAGUGUGUACAGGUGCUGGAGGGACAUACGGAUGAGAUAUUCUCCUGUGCGUUUAACUAUGAGGGCAACACAAUAAUCACAGGGAGUAAAGACAACACUUGUCGGAUUUGGCGUUAACUGGCUUCUCCUCACCAGCCUAAAUGGCAAGUGGACAACCUAUAAAGGACAUGUGUUACCAAACCGCUCCAACGCACUGUGAAUUGUCACAGACAAGGUUCAAAUUGUGAGAAAUACAAUUCACAACCACUGUGAAUUCCAGACUUUGAAGAAAUCAAGCCAACUGGGGGGUUUGACUGUAAAGGCACGUAGAGAGCAUGCAUUGUUUACUGCAUGUUUUUAUUUUUUACAUUUUAAUAAACUUUUUUCAUUUAAAUAAA